CCAGCGAGCUGCGCUCCAACGGCGGGGCGGGGGUGUCUGCCCGGUGGCUCCAGAGCCCCCCCGCCCGGGGCUGCCUUGCCGCGCUCGAGGCUCCUUCCAGAGCAGGCGGAGGAGGGUCGUCUCCGCGCCCCCAGGGAAGGGGAGUGGCGCUGCGUUCCGGGGGUGCCCAGUGGCAGCCACGCUGCAGGGUCUCCCUGCCUGCCUGCCCAGCGAGCCCCGCUGCCCUCCGUGGUGGCGCGCCCUGCCCGGGCCCGGAGGAGACGGGGCGCCGCGCCCGGGCAGGCCCCCUCCGCCCGCGGCAGAGCAGUGCGGCCGCGCAAGUCGCCGUGUCGGGCGAGGCGGGGAGCGGAGCGGAGCGGAGCGGAGGGGGCCGGCCGCUGCUGGUCACAUGGAGCCUCAGCUGGGCCGGCGAGGAGGAGGAGAAGGCGGCGGCCGGGGCUGCCUGGCAGGCGCGCGCCGAGCAGGAGGCGGAGCAGGAGGCUGGCCCAGCAGCCAGCCAGCCGGGAGGCGCACGGCGAAGGCGCAGCCAGCCCAGCCCAGCCCCGCCGCGCUCCUCUCCUCUCGCUCGCUGCCCGGCCGGCCUCCGCUUCGCCCCGACAAAUGAUGUGUUUGGUGAUCGCCGCGAUGAAAGCUCAAAUUGAAAUUAUUCCAUGCAAGAUCUGUGGAGACAAAUCAUCAGGAAUCCAUUAUGGCGUCAUUACCUGUGAGGGCUGCAAGGGUUUUUUCAGGAGGAGUCAGCAAAGUAACGCCACAUACUCCUGUCCUCGUCAGAAGAACUGUUUAAUUGAUCGAACUAGUAGAAAUCGUUGCCAACACUGUCGGUUACAGAAAUGCCUUGCUGUGGGGAUGUCUCGAGAUGCUGUAAAGUUUGGCCGAAUGUCAAAAAAGCAGAGGGACAGCUUGUAUGCAGAGGUGCAGAAACACCGGAUGCAGCAGCAACAGCGGGAUCACCAACAGCAACCCGGAGAGGCAGAACCAUUGACACCAACAUACAAUAUCACUACCAAUGGGCUAACGGAACUGCAUGAUGACCUCAGUAAUUACAUUGAUGGGCAUACCCCUGAAGGUAGCAAAGCAGACUCUGCAGUUAGCAGCUUCUACUUAGACAUACAGCCUUCUCCAGACCAGUCGGGGCUUGAUAUUAAUGGAAUCAAACCAGAACCGAUAUGCGACUACACACCAGCAUCGGGCUUCUUUCCUUAUUGCUCAUUUACAAAUGGAGAGACUUCUCCUACUGUGUCCAUGGCAGAAUUAGAACAUCUUGCACAGAACAUUUCUAAAUCACACAUGGAAACCUGCCAGUAUUUGAGGGAGGAGCUACAGCAGAUAACAUGGCAAACUUUUCUACAAGAAGAAAUUGAGAACUACCAGAGCAAGCAAAGGGAGGUUAUGUGGCAAUUAUGUGCGGUGAAAAUAACAGAAGCGAUACAGUAUGUGGUGGAGUUUGCCAAACGCAUUGAUGGCUUUAUGGAACUGUGUCAAAAUGAUCAAAUUGUGCUUUUAAAAGCAGGGUCUUUAGAGGUAGUGUUUAUCAGAAUGUGCCGUGCCUUUGACUCCCAGAACAACACCGUGUACUUCGAUGGCAAAUAUGCUAGCCCUGAUGUAUUCAAGUCCUUAGGUUGUGAAGAUUUCAUUAGUUUUGUUUUUGAAUUUGGAAAGAGCUUAUGUUCUAUGCACCUUACCGAAGAUGAGAUUGCAUUAUUUUCAGCAUUUGUUUUACUGUCUGCAGACCGAUCAUGGCUUCAGGAAAAGGUAAAAAUAGAAAAGCUCCAACAGAAGAUUCAGUUAGCACUUCAACAUGUCUUGCAGAAGAACCACCGAGAAGAUGGAAUCUUAACAAAGCUAAUAUGCAAAGUGUCUACUUUAAGAGCACUGUGUGGGCGACAUACAGAAAAGCUUAUGGCAUUUAGAGCAAUAUACCCAGACAUUGUGCGACUUCAUUUUCCUCCAUUGUACAAGGAGUUGUUCACUUCAGAAUUUGAGCCAGCGAUGCAAAUGGAUGGGUAAAUUUAUUACCUGAUCACUUCUAGAAUGUUUGAAGUACAAACAUUAAAAAUGAAAAGGAAAAAAAGGAUAAGAGAAACCAAGACACUUCCUGUGGCCCUCCACGGCCCUGGGGAGCCAACACACUGCACAUCUUCUGGCGAUUGGGGUCAGGCAAAAAGGAUGGGGAAAAUGAAACAAAAGUUGAACUUAUUUUUCUCCUGCAUAUGAUUUCCAUGUAUGCCUACCAAUAUGGACCCUUUUUCUGUCUUGACUUCUCAGUCUUUGACCUCUGUUUACACAGAAUGAGGGUUCUAAAAAAUCAGGAGGUUUCUUUUUCCUUGUAACUCACUGCCCACAGACUUUCAAUAGAACAAUGUUGUUAGUCAGAACAGAGUCUCCAGCUAGAAAGCAGCAACUGGUGUGCAUUGCAGAGGCUUCAGCAUCAGAUUUGCACAACUUGCUCAUUGUUUCAUGAAGGACGAUUUCUUUUCACCCUACCGUUGAUUGCCAGUAGGCGGAAUGGCAUGAAAAGGGUCCAUAGCAAUAGCAACAAUAGCAUUAUAAUCUAUUACAGGGUAAAUGGGCAUGAAGUCUAUAUAUAGCAAAAGAGAUAUUGUUUAUAUAUUGUUUUAAUUAAUAUAAAAAUGUAGUUACUGGUAUAGCUUUUAUUGUUAAAUUGAUAAGGCACUUUCAUUUUGCACCUUUUUCUUUUAAAUUAUAUGCUAGCGUAUUCAUUGUCGUGCUGCAUGGACACCAGAAAUUCGAGUUUAACUGAGGGAGGUUUGGAAGGUACUGGGGCACUGCAAGGUGUUUAUGCUGCUGUUUGUCACGUUUAAUUUUAUGAGAGGCUGGUUAUAUCAUGAAACACCUCUGGUGGUUUUGUGUAAGGGGGCAGGGAGGGAUGGGGAAGACAGGCUUCUAAACGAUUAACUAUUCGUUUUCGCUUGCUUUUUUGAAAAGACAAGUAUUGUAUAAACACACAAAAAUCCCUGUUAUUUCACUUGAUUGCUGAUAUAGGUAGGGAUGAAGAAAUCUGUGUUUAAUAACUUAACAAAACAAGCUGAUUUUCAGCAGCAGCUAAAGUCAGCCCACUUAGGUGAGUAAAUAAGGAUUCAGACAACCAAAUUUAAACAUCUGUGUUUUGGAAAUGUUGAUCCUAAUACUUUUGUUUACGUGUGUGUGUGUGAGAGAGAGAGAGAGAGAGAGAGAGAGAGAGAGAUCAGUCAUGUGUUACAACAGCUGGAGUAUAAUCUAUCAGGAAGUUGCAAAAUCCCUAUUGAAAUGAAUGGAAACUACACAAAACCAUAGUGGAAUUUCUUGAUGGAUUGUGUGCAUGGGCUUCAAUCCUGUCCAUGGUUACGAGUGUUUAAAUCUCUUCAGUAUUUAAGCUCAAGUAACUGUUUUGCUGGAUUGUGGCACAACUGUUUUAUAUAGUAAAGAGUGAGCUUAUACAUGACUACUUACUCCAUAUAAUAAACAAUGCAAUUUAAAUUGGUUCCUAGUCCAUUUAACAUCAGUAUAACCUGAAAUGGCCCAGUUCCUACAACUCUGUUUCAGGUUAUUAUUUCAGCACUUCAGCCACAUACCUUGGUCAUGCACAAAAAGAACUAUCAAUGGUCAAUUAUGUGGCUUAUGGAUGACUAGGUACAAAAUCCUGUUCAAAUGAGGAAUUUGAUCCUAAAAAUGAGAGCCUCAAGUUGUGUUCAUUUUUUUCUUUCAAUAUCCCAUUCCCCACCCCUGUUACCUAAAGAAUAAGGCAGGUCUACUUCACAUGUGGCAGGACCACCAAGAAGGCAUACCAUGUUGUACGGGUUUUACUGAUUGAGAGUUAAAGUAGUUAACACAGACCCAAACCAUGUGGGAGCUGCUUCAUACAAGUGACUUUCCAUGCAGAAAGACACCCAUACAGAUUAUCCUCUUAGUGGCAAUUACACCACCAUCAUCCUGUUGAAUCAGGCCAUCCUUAAUAUCAUACAUAUGGCAUUGAAUUUUCCAAGUGGUAGCAGCUAGAACUUAUCUACUAUAGCACUGUUUGAGGUGUGAUUCUGAAUAACACACUUCUGAGAAAUCAUUGUCCUUUGUUACAGAAGGGGGGAAAGGACACAGAUUCAUGUCUAUUGGGAAUGUGCUAUUUUGGGGCGGGGUGGCGGCGUUAACUGGAACGUUUCAUGUUGCAGGUUUUCCCUGGUGCAUUGGUAUAAUCGCUCUCGAGGUUUCACUCAAAAACACAAUUCCGCAUGAACCUAAACAUGUCAGAACCGCAAUUUCAACUGUAUUCACUUUCUUUGGUAUUGUUUAUCUGAGAGUGAAUACUUAAGAGCUGAUAUACUAAGGCUACAAUCCUGUGCACUCUUACCUGAGAAUAAGCCCCAUUGAACACAGUGGGGCUUACUGCUGAGUAAACAUGCAUUGUAAACCACCCUUACUGAAACAAUAAGCAAACUCCCAAGAUAUCCAAAUAUGUUGGUGACUCAACAGAUCUUGGGCUCUGUGUGUUUGCACUGCACCAUGGAGUUCUUCUAGUUCAGCUUCCAACUCAGAACAGGAAACUGCUAGAGCAUCCCUGGGAGAUGGCUGUCCAGCCUCCGUUUCAAAACCUCGAGCAAGGGAGAGUCCCCUGUGGCACAGCUCUUACAGUUAUGCUGUGCUAUUUGUCACUGAAAGCUAGAGAUAGAAAUCUUGCUAGACAUUAUCUUAUUGUUUGUCAGAAAGCCAAGAAGCCCUAAUUAUCCAGAAGCUCACUUUCAACUCUGGCUCCAGCUACCUCUUUGAUGGAAAUGCAUCAAAGACUGAUGUGAUUAAAAGGUUCAUCCCAGGAUAAUCAGUAAUAUAAGCAAACUUUUCAAGCUACACCCAAGUUAUUCAAAUGCAUCUUUUCAAAGUGGAUUUUAUAACAUUCAACAUUCUGAUUAUUUAAAUUCAAAACAUACAUAUGGAUGUGUGUUUCUUCUUGUCUCACGUCUUUUUCGUCAAAAGAUGAAACUAUCAAGCUGUCUGCAUAUAGUUUUAUCAGGUUCAUAAAGUAAACUUCAGAAAAUAUUUUUCAACAUCUAGCGAUAUUUAUAGUUAAAUUAAUAGCGGAAUACAUUAUCUCUAGGAAAGUAAGAGGGUUGUUUUGGGUGUUUUUAAAAAAACCAAGCUAGAGCAUAAUUGGAUUUUUGCCUACACACACUGCAGUAGUCCACACAUUUAAGGGAUUGCUGCAAGAGGAACUGUGCCUUAAAAUCUGUGUCCUGAGCCCCAUCGUCUACAUUUAAUGUCAUACAAAGGACUGGAAAUACUCUGUCUUGGAGAGCUCCUACAUGUCUAGUUCUAAAGGAAUGCUGAUCAUGUGCAGGAUACAAUGAGGCUGCACAUCUGAUUUUUCUAUUUUGGUCCAGUUAACACAAGCUGAAAGAGCUCAUGCAGUUGCACUGGUACUAUGCAGGGAGGUGCUCAUACAGGUGUGCUGUUUGUAUGCUCUGGCACCUCCCUGUAGGGGGCUGGACAUAAUAGGUGUCAGAACUGUGCACGCAUGGCAAUUCUGGGAGCACCUCCCAUGCAUGAGCUCAGCUGCAUCUCUGAAGAGGACAUGGGAAAUUCAACAACCCUGUGCUUCCUUUGUCCCCUUCCAGCUGCUCUGUGAGGAGACACUUGCUUACAUUUCCACCAACCCAGGGCCAGGGAUACUAAUUCCUUUUACAAUAGCAGCUCAGUGUGUACAAUGAGAGGCCCUCGUAAAGCAUAUUUCUUCAGAGAGAACGAUAAGGAAUUGUUUGCAGCCAGUGAACAGAAUUCUAAAAGGAUCCCAAAGUAAUCAGGAGAUUCCAUAAAUUUCAAUAUUUCUCCCACCAUGGCAUGAGCGAUUCACAAGCUGGGGCUCAUCAUACCAAAUAUAUGAUCAGUGAUCUCCCACAUGUAUCCAUCCUCAAAUUGUGUUUAUUUUAUUGGAGUAACUGGUAGAAAAUGUCCAUUCAUUCUUUUCUAUAGAUGCAGUUUGUACUUAAAACCAGGCUGUUUUAACGAACCAAUUUUCUGAUUGUGACCAGCCUCAAAUGCUAGUGUAGUUAAAAUUCAACUGAACCAAACCAACGUCUACUAGCCAAUGCCUGUGUAAGGCCUGCCAUUUACUUAUUUACAAAGGGCCUGAUCCAGAGUGACUGAGUUAAUAACAACUAAGUCCCGCUGAAAUUAAUGGGACUUUGAAGUCAUGACUAACUAGUCUCAUUUGUUUCAUUGGUGCUUAGACAUGACUAGUUUAGUCUGAAUCCUGUCCAAAAAAAAGUAUAAAGCUUAUUUGAGAGAAAAACAAACAGUAUUUAUUUAUUGCAGUAAAAAGGAUAGCUAUGUGUCAUAUUUUAGUACUAUCAUGACCUCUGUACUUCUUGGUAAACAUUUUGUGGUCGUACAAAGUAUACUUAUACUGGGAAUUAUGUGGCAUUCCCAAUCACAUCCCUAAAAAUAGAAGCCGGGUUGAUUCCUGUCUUGAAUGUCAAGCACUUUAUGUCUAAAAGUGAGGCACAUCAUUAUCUUAAAUAAGUGAAAAUAUUGGAGGCUGCUAGUCACUUGUAACUUUUUCAAAAUCCAGUUGGUGCAUAAACUAGCAUGCAGAUGUUUUCUUCAUCUCAGUUAAUUGCUUCUUGACAGCAAACUUAUUUUGGCAAAAGUAAUAGCAGGAAAGGGGAGCUGCUAAUGACCUCUUUAAGAGGACAUGUAGAAAAACUCAAGCUGGUAACCUUGCCAUCUUUGGCAUUAGAAAAGGAAUGGGGACAAAACCUGUCUGACAAGAAACCGAAUAAGAUCUAAAAACUGCAGAUGGCUGGUGUGGUACAUUCAGUUGGGAAACUUGCAGGCUCUAGACUGAAUUCAAUAUAUUUUUAAAAUGUGGCAUUUCCUAAUGUCUGUUCAAGUUCAUCUUUAUUAUAGAAUUUAUAAUAGCUGCAGAUGUUUAAAAAACUCUAGAAAGCUGUUAAUUAUCUUGAGUUCAUAAUCCCUCCCGUUUUGCUGGACAAAUGGCACAGAGAGUGUCUUUCAAACUUCUAAAUGAAGAUGUGUAGUUUUGGACCACGGUGAUGUACUUGUGUGUCUAGCAUUUUGCUAUUUUUGAACUAAGAAAUGAUAAUGAGAUGAGAUGCUGUUAAGUUUGGUUGUUCUUUACAGAGCUUUUAUAUCAUCAUAUGAAUACCAAGGUCUGGAUGUGUGUACCCUCGUAUGUAUGGUGUGCGCAUGUGUGCGGUUGCUUCUAGGCCAUUAAGUGUCCAUGGAAGAAAAUGUGUUGAAGAUAUUUAAGUCAAAAAUAGAAGGUGGAAAAAAAUAUUCUAUAUAAAGCCUUGUCUGGACCACUUAGAGAGAGCUCUAUUUUUUUAACCCUUCUAUAAAUAUUUGAUGGCACUUGAAAUAUUCCUGCAAUAAAAUGUGAUUUGUGUAAAGAUUAACAAAAAAAGAUUUUGUAAUGUGAAACAAUGAAAGAAAGCAAUGUAAUUUUUCUAAAAAAGAAAAAGAAAAAACAAACCAACUUUGUAUUAUUUUUGUUGAUGAAAUUUGUCUACUUGUCUUUGGAAAACUUUUUAUUUCAUUGAAUGUGCCAUAGUAGUGAUGUAGGUUGUGUUUUAAAAAAGUUUUAGAUGACAGGAAAGCUAUUUCUGUUACCGACAUUCCAUAAUGCGCGAGGACAUCGCAUGAUGAUUUUUAUUUUAUUUUUAAGAUUAGUAAGCUUCGGUCACUGUUGCUUUUUUGCACAUGUACUUCAUUCCUCUAUAGUGCAAUAUGUACAUAGAGCACUUGCGGGUUUUACCUUGAUCCCUCAGGGAAAAAUACAUAUUGUUGUACAGAUUUUUUUUGCCUUUUUUUUCUUUUGCUAAGGAAUGUCGAUUGAAUCACUUCUUGUUGUCAAGGGGCAGCCAGAUAAUAAUCCUAAGGCCACUGCCAAAAAACAUUGAUCAUGUAAUCAUUCAUGCCCUGCCAUUCACAACAAAAAUACUUUUGACAGUUCUUUGUGCAAAUUGGGGAAGAAAAAGGGUAUAUAAGCACCUUACGAUUGACUUAACUGUGAAUGACAAUCCAUCUGGUUAUCAAUAAUAGACACCCUGUCAUUUAGACGUUGGGGUUGAAAAGUCUGAAACUAAUGUGCUCAGGGAUCUUCUAAAACUCUUCAACAGGGUGGCCAGUACUUCUGGGACAAAUUGCUUUUUAGAAGUUUAGUACUAUCCCUCCAAUGCACAAGGGAACUGGGCAGAGACACUUUCCUAAACAGAACCACAGGGAUUUGGGUUUCCAGAACAGAUACUGCUCAACCCGGUUUAGGACUGGCACAAAAUCAAAUUUUAAAAAAAAUUACUUCCAAAGCAGCAUGUCAUUUAAUGUGAUAGAAAACAGAGUUCAUUAUGACCUAUGAAAUAAAUUGCUUUAAUUUCAUGUCAGAUAACCACUGUUUACUGGGUCCUGGGAAAAUUUUAGACAGCAAGUGGGCAAACUGGCCAUGUGCUAGUAGAUUUUCUAGAGCCAGCUUGUGCUGUGUUUUCUAAAUUUACAUAAUUCUGGACAUUUUAAUAUGAGCCAUUACAAAUUUAGUUUCAUGAUGUGUGAAAGUUUAUAUUUCUGUGAAGUUCAGUGUCAAUAUUUUAAACCCAAAAUUCACACUCAGUGCUUAGUUCUUGCUGAAGUAAGUUCACUUUAUUAUAUAACCUGUAUAAAGUACAAUUACAUUGUCAUUACAAAGAGAGCCGCGCACCUCAGAAGGCAAUUAUUAGAAUAUACUGCUCAGAGCAGGUUACUGAACCUCACCCAGGUUGCGCAUUCACUUUAACAAAGUAAAACCAAAAACUGAUUUUUGAAAGCUUCAGAGUAACAACCCCCAUAUAAUUCCAAAAUUAAUACAAAUAUGUAGCAACUAGAAAAGUGCCAUCUAUGUGCCAAAACCUUGGGGAAUUAUCUUAAGUUUUUUAGAAGACCCAAAUAGGAGUGUGGAAGUAAAGCUCUCUGAGAACUGGGUAUUUUUGUGCCUCUUUCCAUGUUUAUUAAAAGCAGGAUAUGCAGUAAUGGAAAUGAUUAAGGCAAGAAUUUAAGAUCCAUUCUAUAUAACAGUCAAGCCAAAGAUAAAUUGAUUUCAUAACUUCACCUAUGUGGUUGUAUGGUUUCCGCUGCCGCCACCCCCACCACCUUUUAAAUUAUUUAUCUUAUGUACUACUACUUUCUGCAUGUUUUUCUCCUAACUGCUAAAACAUGGCAAUUUAUUUAUUUACGGAAAUAACUGCAGUAAAGCACCCAUUAAGCAUUCAUUGAAUGUUGUGUUGUGUUUACAUUCUGGUUCUCUUUUGAGACCAAAAAAUGGCUAAGAGGGUAGUUUGUUGAAAUUUAUUUUCACUGUCUGAUUUGUUGAUUAGUCACUUAAACCUACAAGAUGAGAUGGUUGUGGAAGAGGUACCUACGUAUUUUCAAGCUAGUGGGCCUGUUUGCAUAGUGUAAAGAACAAUCAGAACGCCACAGGGUCAAAUCUCUAAAACUAGACAAGAUUAUAAUCCUAUACAAGCAAAGCAGUGAUUCUAGAAAUCAUAUCUAAUUUUAUUUUUAUACCUGUUACUAUGUUUCUGUUCUGUAUAAGCCAGUUAUGUAGUGCAAGAGAUACGGGCCAGUUCUAAUGUAAUGCGCAGAUUUUGUGAGUACCAGUUAUGCUGAUUGCAACCCCAGAGUGACCAGGGACCCAUCCACAUGAUAUUCAUGUGAUCAUUUAGUUUUAGAAUAGCUCUGUGUGGCCUCUGGUGUAAAAUAUAAUCAAAGUAUUGUUGGUAAGUUCUGGGCACUUGCAUUUGGGAAGAGAUCCGCUCAGCCACGUGAUAAUGAGCUCUAACAAAGAACAUCCAAAUGUUUAUGGGGAAAUGGUGAUGCACACUUGUUUCCUGCCCUCUCUUUCCAUGGGGAUGGAACUAAAAGGGUUAUGCCAGAACUGGCCCUUUCUAAGUGCAAUGGGUGUCAAAGGUAUCAGCUUGUAGAUUGUGCUGGGUUCCCAGAUGAUCUUAUGACACAGUUCAGUAGAUUGGCAUAUAUUACAUAGCUGGAUCAUUACUUUGUCAAUAUUUCUUCUGCAAAUACUAUCGACUGAGUUCUCCACAAAAAUAGCAUUUUUAGCAAGCCAAACAUCAUGAUUAAUCAGUCUCUACUGUAUGUUUAUAUGUCAGCUAGUUUAAUUUCAAGCUGCUGGGGAAGAAGGUGGAGAGUUAUUGGCCUACAAAAGCAAGAUUUUUUUCCUCUAAGCUGAAUAAGAGUAUAUAAUAUGUGAACAACAGUAUCAACUAUUUUAACAUUUGUGAUUUUUGCACUGCCUCAGCUGAAUAUUUCUUGCAAAGUGGUGUUUGAGAAACCAAAGCUUUACAACCAACCAGUUAAUUACCAACUGAUGUUACAAAUAUUUAGGAAAAAGCUACAGAUUACCCUAACUCUGGCUAGAUUCUAUUGUGAUAUAUUAGAGACAAUGUGAAAUGUGAGAAUAUGAUGUUUAAAAUUGAUCAUGUUGAGAUUAGUUUGUAAUUCAUACUUUUAAAUUUGGAUACAAAGAGUUCUAGGAAUGAAGCAAUAUGUAAUCUACUAUUGCUUUAUAAAUGCAUCAGUCAGAUUUUCACAUUUAUCAGUAGCAGGGCAUAAUAUUAACUCUUCAGAGCAAUAAAUCAACUUAACCCAAAUAAUAAAUGCUUAGCUCCUGUGCAUUGUGAUACAAGACACACUGAAUCUGCAAACUGUUUCCAUCAAUUCAAAUUUUAAGUUUUUGCUGCUGUGGAAUUCUCUUAUCUUGGCUGUUUAUCUCAUUAGGAAUAUCUAUUACCCAAUCAAGUUGAGCUCAUGGCAUGGCAUUUUUUAAUGCUUCAUCCUUAUUUUGGUGUGUGUGUUUACUUUGCAUACUUGAUCCUUCCCAAGAUUCCCCAGGAAGUUUUACUGAAGAUGCAUAAAUGCGUAGGACCCUGCAAUUUGUUUGUUAUCCUCGUGUUUAAAUGCAGAAAAUUCAUAAGCAAUACAGUGAAUUUUAUUUCACAAAAUCACAGAGGUACUGUAUAUAUAUUUUCCUAAAUCCAAAUUUUUCUAUUUUGACUCAACAAAUUUGUAAAAAAACAAAACAGUGGUAAAACUUUUGACUAUUAGGACAUUAACUGGCUGCUUCUUUAUAUGUAAUUGUAUUGUCUGCCUGCUCCUUUUUUCGGAGAUGUGUUUUUGUAUGGAUGUUUGAGCCAAUGGGAGGCUUGAAGCUAUGAUGUAUUUUCCCACUUUAAUAUAUUUAGCAUAUGACAAACCCCAGACAAGGCUUUUAAAAAUAUAAGAAGAACUGCAGUGUUAGGUGGUUUAUUUGCAAACAGUUUUCAGUGCUGUCUAUUUUAUGGCACCUUUAACAAUAUUCUUGUUUCCAAAGUACAAAAGAAAGGUAAAAAAAAAAGUACUCUAGCCAUAACUGAAUGUCAAGCAAUAAAAACAAUGACUUUUUGUGCAUAGAUUUAAAAGAGAAACAAAUUUUAGACAUCUGCAUGUAAAUGCAGAUCUCGUUUACUGCUUUCUUAAACUUGAUCAAGCAACUCCUUAUUUUACUACUAAUUUAAGGACUUGUAAUGGCCUGUACACGUUUUCUCUUGCUAUAAUUCUUGUCAUUAUCUUCGUCUCAGCUUCUGAGUCAUACUCUUCAAUGUUGUUCUGCUCACCUUCUGUAUGGUUAUAACUAUUUUGCUUUCAUUCUCUAUAGAUAAAGAUAUACUAUUUAAAAAGCCUAUGCGGUGCAAAUAUUUAUCUGUUUAUCAAAUACCACAUUAUGCUGUAUACUAUCUGUUUUACUAUAUACUCUAUUUUAGAAAUAGUUGUUUAGAACUAGAGUGUGCUAUUUUUGUGUUUUUCUGAUGUGUGGUGCUAGAUAAGUUAAUUUUAUGAACAAAUCUCCCUUCUACUCCUAGACAAUACCACAUUUGGGUCUUGUGCUAUUUCACUGAAUAUUUAUGUGUGUGUGUGUAUAUAUGCCUUAUACACACUUACACACAUGCCCAAGCAAGUACCUGUAUCAGAGUACAAGACUGGGGACAUGGUUUUCUCUUUGAAUAUAUAGUAUCAUUCUAUAAAGUUGUCUCUAGCAUAUUUAAUCAGGAGAAAAUUAACUCCUCAAUAAUGAUAUUUGAUAUCCAGUGUUGCUUCUCUCUUUCUUGCCCACCUCUCAAUUCUUAGAGGUUAAAGAUCAGCAAUGCCACUUUUGUUAUCUUUUAGUGCUGCACUUCCAUGUACUCCAGAAGAACUUAAUUGUUUCCAUUUUGUCUACUAAAUUGCCCUUCUCGGCAAUACGGAAAAUACUUAAACGUAAACCAGCUUGUCAAUCAAAUGUUCAUAAUAUUCUAAAGGUGCAGGUCAGUAUCCCUGGAAGCAGUAGGCUAAUAGGGUACAGUGACAUUCCACAGGUGAGGAAAGCAAUGUCCACCAGGGAAUCCACCUGAGAGAGAUCCACCCUGAUCCAAGUAGGAAUUAAGAGGUGUACUGACACAAUCCACAACACUAACAAGUUAGCGUGUGGUUUCCAGUAUCCCUGUGUCCAUUCAGAUUAGCGUCAUUCACAUGACCACCCUGGGAGACAGUGAUUGUAUGAACUGCUGCAGAGAUGUGGGGCCUGAAUACAAAGUCACUGCAUCCAUGCAAAUUGUGGCAGCUGCAUAUAGAAGCCUCCACAUGGAGAUGCCAGUUACUACAAUUUACUGCCUGAUCACACUGGCUGUUCAGUGUGCUUCCACAGGUGACUGGUUGCAUAUGAACAGGAGAGUUGAUGUGUGAGCACAGUAAAAUGUGCUCACCCUUAAGUGAUGGAACUGCUCUGGGAAGAGCAGGAGGUUCCAAGUUCCCGCCCUGGCAGCAUCUCCAAGAUAGGGCUGAGAGAUUCCUUCCUGCAACCUGGGAGAAGCCGCUGCCAGUCUGUGUAGACAAGCCGGGGAAAGAGCUAGGGGCUGUACUAUUAGUAGCAAUUGUCAAAGGAGGCCUGUGCCUUCCUAACUAAACUGUUUGUUUAAGAAAUAUUAGAGGAGACAAUUACAAAGCUACUCCCAGAAUCGUCAUUACCAUGUUUUAAUGACCAGCACUUUCCUCAGAAUAAGGGUAGAUGUCUGUAUUCCCAACUGCUGUUAGGUGCUGCCCCAAAUUGUUCCAAUAAAGAAGUUCACAUGAGCACAUUGGGCCAUGCCUUCUUGGUUGCCCCAGCUGUUAUGGUGACCUUAACCGCUGCACCACCACUGUCACUUGCUUUUGAGAGUUUUGCCAGUACAGACAUGCUGUAUGCUGCCGCUAUUUGAUACUGUGAUCCGGGGCUCUGACACACACAGAUGUCUUUGUACACGCAAAGGCUGCUCCAUUCUCUCUGCAUACAGAAUCCCCACUGCAUGCAAACAUAGAACAAAAUAGGGCAGCUUCAAGCACACGCCAGAAUCUCAGGAGAGUUUUCCAAGAAUUGCAUUUUUCAAGAGAUCAAAUCGCAAAAAAGUAUGUUUUGCUUUGGAUGGACUGCUGCUCGUAAGGACAACAAUGCGCUAAUAUUGUAAAGGUGCUGAUGAACUCUUUCUUGUUCGUGGGCAUUCACCAGUCUGUUCCUUUUGUACUCAAGAAUGUGUACUCUCUCCUUCUGCCUGGGAAUCUGCUUAUACCUUCAGAAAAACUAUAGCUAAAGUGUAACCUGGAAUAUGCAUGUGUGGUCCCCAAUGGCACCACAAUUGUACAGCCCAAUUCUUAAGAGUUUGGCACCUAAAAUUACUUCAGCAACAGUAUAAUGGUGAUAUUUUAAAACACUUUAUAUAUACUAUUCAGACUAAUUUAGCUAGACCUUUGAACCUUAUCAUUCACCACCAAUAUCAUCUCUUACCAAAACCUAAUGGAUAUCAAAUAUCAAAAAUGAGAGAUAAUUGACCUUUCCUACAACUCUCUUCUGUACUAUUACUGAAGUUAAGAUCUUUAGCAAAGAUUUUUGAGGAAUUUAAGAAGCUGUUUGUUUACUACACUUUUUGUUAAUAGAACAUAGUGAAUAUUAAAGCCACGAGUCCUGGCUCCAUGCACUGCUUCUGUACCUUGAUUUAGCAAAGUACCAUUAUUCUGGAAAGAAAUGCAAAUUGUAUCUGCACCCUGGCUACAUUUUAAUGAGUAGAAAGUUUUUAACUACAAUCACUUUCAUGAUAAUUAGUUUGAAAUUUUCUUUAAAAGCUACAAUCAUCUUUAAAAAUGCAAGUUCAUGAUUAUGUUUCAUUCCCUUCGUCACCUUUUAAACUGAGACCCCCUUAAUUUGUGUACUAAUAUGUGUAUCACAUACUUUAUAUCAGUAAUAUUUUCCCUAAUUGUUUGGGCUUCAUUGUUUUAUAAAUUAUGCAAGUUUGUGUGAGUAAUGUUUCUCAUGUAAUUAAACGUCUAAAGAAUAUGAAUAAAUGCAGAUUAUAAAUAUGUAUUGGUUUGAGGAUUAAGCACAUAAACAUCACCAACCUCACUGAGUAACACACUCAGUCUUCUGUAAAUAGCUACAAAUUGACAUGAAUCUGUACUGUACAUGCAAAAUGUGGUGUCUUAUGUGUACAGUAUGUACAAAUUCAUUUUCUAGCUAUAAAAAGCAUAAGCCAUUGAGAGGAAUAUUCAAAGUAAUAUUGUAAUAAAACUUCGCUAAUGAUCUUUGCCCCGUGAUCACCUAACUUUUUCACUUCUAUCAGAUCUUCUUUAGAACUCACUCUUACACUCAUCAGCUUAGACUCGGUUUAUUUUAUCCUGAUCCUGAAUAAAGUAUUUUGACUCAUUUUGUAAAUACAACUGUAAAAAUAAGAGAUUUAAUGUUGUCUUUUAAAUACUCUGAUUUUCAUUCUAAUAUGAAUGUUGUUAUAUUGUAUUUAGAACCUGUACCUUUAAUAUUACAUUACCUUUAUUAAGUGCAUUGAACACAUCAAUUUUAGAUGUGCUUUAUGUGCUGUUCUCCUGUAAUAAAACUUCAGCUUCUAAUGGAAA